CAGCGCUUCUCACGCAUGCCCAGUGGGCACCCGGCUGUCACAGCCGGGUUCCCACACUAAAGGGACGACAACUCCAUGGAAGGUCCACAGUGUCUGGUCAUCUCCUGUACUGUCGGCAGUCUAUUGGUCAUCCCCUGCACUGUCUGCAGUCUCUGGUCAUCCCCUGUACUGUCUGCAGUCUCUGGUCAUCCCCUGUACUGUCUACCAGCUCUUGGUCAUCCCCUGUACUGUCUGCAGUCUAUGGUCAUCCCCUGUACUGUCUACCGGCUCUUGGUCAUCCCCUGUAGUGUCUGCAGU